GAAGGUAUUGUUAAGCGUUUAUAUUAUAAUCUUUAUUUUAAAGCUAAAUAGUUUGUAGUUUAUCCGUCGCUCAAGAUGUCUACGUUUUAAAUUAUUUCCAUUUGUCUACAUUGAACUGUUGUCGCUAAAAUCCAGGUAUGUAUUGAAUGAAAUCUGAUAGCUAAGGUUCCUAUUUUGUACGUCUUGUCUUAUAAUUAACAGUCGUAAUUUUCGUAAAUAUGCAUGGUUCUAAACAAUAAAAAAAAACUAAGGAGGCUAUUGGGGAAGUGAAUGGGAACGAAUCAAAAUAUUUUUUUUGGAAUCUGAUCUCGUCAUACAUAUCCCUGAUUAAUACUAUUACUAGAAAUUAUUUAACAGAGUAAUUACGUUUGCUAAAAAAAAAAAAUGUUUAUAUUCUGAUAAAUAUUAUAACCGAAGAACAUUUAGGGUGAUGUCUGGGUGUCAAAGUCAAACUCAAUAUAUUGUUAAAACCAUCACUAUUUUAUUUUAUUUUCUCAUCCCUUUAUGCAUGUUCUGCAGUCAGAAUUUCCAUUUUCUGAUUUCUCACAAAAAUAUACGAGAAUUUGUUAUCUAUCCCAAAGCUAUAUCAUUGAAAAGGGAAGAAAAAUCGAAAUUCUAACUGUCUAAAUCAUUUUAGAACCAUUUUUAAAUCAUCAUUUUAGGUCACUAUACAAAUAAAAAAAUAAUUAAAAAUAAUUUCAAUAUUUUAAGGUAUUUUGAAAUGCUAGACAGUUUCAACAUUUUUCAAAGUUCACGAACUUUCACUUUAAACUAGGAUUAUAUGAGCAGAUAAUAUGAAAAUUAAUAUUUUACAGUAAAUUGGUUGGUCAAAGCAUGCAGGAAUCAAUUGUUUUUUUUAGCAUUUAUUAAUAUUUUGACUUAUUUUAUAAUAAGAGCCAUACUUAGACUGUACAUAAUUUCUUAUUUGGUGUUAAUCUAUAUUACGUUUUUUUUUUUUUUUUUCAAAAAUUAGAAUUAUUACAUUAUAUAUAAUGUGUAUGGCAUAUACAUAAUCAAAGCUCCCAUAAAAAUCUUCAAGUUAGGUUAGGUUACAUUUGAUUUAUAUAGGGUAGUUCUUUUAUCUUAGAAUACUUUUUAAUGCUUUAUUUAAGACUGGUUUAAACCAUUCUUAAAUUUUUACCUACACUUUAUGUACCUAAAAUAAAUAUAUUUUUUGAUUUUUAAAUAGUUAUCCCCCUUUUUAAACACAGAUUUGAAUAGAGAAUAUUUUGAUUUACAGAACACUAAUAUCAGAUUUGCCGUUUAUGAGAUAUAACAGUUACAAUUUAGACUGGGUAAGUAGAAAAGGGUUAUAGAUUGAAUACCUAUUUUCAAAUGAUAUGAUAACUCUUCUAUCCCUCCAGUCUAAAUUUAAACUGUUAUAACUCAUAAAUGGUAAAUCUCAUAUUAGUGUACUACAAAUCAACAUUUCUAGAAAAUAUUCUCAAUUUUAAUUUGUGAUUGAAUUGGGGAGGUAUAUUAAAAACCUAAAGUGGAUACUCAUUUAUGGUAUAAGGAAUGGGGGUAAAAAAUUUAAAAUUUUGUUACAAUUAAACUUAAACAAUUCCAUAAUAACUAAAAGAAAAUAACAAAUCAAAUUCACUGAAAAUACACCAAGAAAAUUGUUAGUUUAUGAUAGAAGAUCAUCAAGUUGAUUAUUUAACCUUUAAAUUGUUUAAAUUUCUAUUUCUAUUUUUUUUUUUUAUUAAAAUUGUUUUAGAUUUACAAUGACUAGCCGACAAUCUGUUAGUUCAAUAUUAAAGCCAUCUAAAGUGCGCGCCCCUCUAAAAGAGAUUGAACCCGUUGAUCAGGAUGCUGAUGAAAAUACUGAAUCCUUACCCAAAAGAAAAGUGAGUUUUUCUGGGAUGAAUAAAAUUAAAAUGUAUAAUACAGGUGCAACAUCUUUAACUGUACAUCAAGCACCUAUGUUUGAUGAACAAAUAUCGAUACUGUCAGACUCUUCAAAUGCUGAAAAAACAAAAUUAUUAUUAGAAGCAUCACAAAAAUCUAAUCAAACUACUAUAGAAUCAACAAAUUGUACAACUAUGGAAGAUAAUAACCGUGUUUGUAUAGAGUAUGAAUGUCCAAACGAUAAUAUGGAAAUGACUGAAGCAUUGUCUUGUAAAAUAUUUUCUGAUACAAUUUAUACUAUUGAAAAUAAUGGUUUUGAACAUGGUGAUUAUAAUUCAGAUUAUUCAGAUAAUAAUAUGGAAUUUACAGAAGUAAUAAAAACUGCUCAAAUAUUAACUAAUGAAAAUGAUUCAGAUUUUAGUUCUACCGAAACAUUAAAUGAUAAUAAUAAACAUCCUGAUGCUCAAUCAAGUAAUAUGGAAUUAACUUGUGUAACUAGUUUUCAAAAAUCUAUUUUGCCACAUUGUAAAUCAGAUAUGGAAUUAACUGAACUAACCGAUAGAAAAAUACAUGAAAACAAUUGCGAAUUAGUCUUUGAACAAGGUCAGCUUUCUAUUAGUACUACAUCUGAGAUGUCUAGUGAUAUUUCAAUGGAUAUUGAUCAAACAUCAGAAGGUAAUGAUAUCAAUUGUAUUAUUAACAAUUCAAAAUUACUUGUAAGUGAACAAAAUGAUUCAUUAGUACCAAAACCAUCAGAAUAUGAACAACAUAAUUAUUCAGAUUUAUUAAUUGAUAUUGAUAAUCAAAAUAUUCAGUCUAGUCCAUCUUUGAUUUCCACGGGUUUAUCUUUUUUUUCUGAAAUGUUUGACAGCAAUAAGCCUUGUAGAGUUGAAGAACUAAAAAAAGACAUAUUAAAUAUUGAUACAUCUACAGUUGACCAAUAUCAUUCAUUCGAAAAUAAUAAAAUAAAAAACUAUUCAAGGAAAUCAAUGGCUCAUACUAACACAGUAAUUGUUGAAGAAAAAUCUACUAAAAAUAAAUAUUUAUUAAAUACCUCAGUAGUAGUUAAGAAAAAUGACCAGAAAAGUUCAAACACAAAAUCUCAAACUCAAUCCUUAGAAAAAGAAAAUACAUUGAAUUUGUCUGUAAUUCGUGACGAAAAUCAACAAAUAAAUGCUCUUGUGUCAAUUCAUAAUGAAUCUCAGUCUUCUGAAAAUGAUGAAAUAUCAAAUACACCUGUAAUGCUUGGAGAAAAUCAACAAAAAAUAUAUUCUCAACAAUCAAAUGCCCCCGUGUUUCUUCAUAAUGAAUCUCAAUCUUUUGAAGAUGAAGAUAUAUCAGAUACACCUGUAGUAGUUGAAAAAAACCAACAAAAUAUAUAUUGUAGAAAAUCAAUUGCGCCCACGCUGGAUUUUAAUGAAUCUAAGUUUUCCGAAAGUGAAGGAAUGUCUAUUUCUAAUCAAACUCAAUCUCCAAUCAGAGAUUUAUCAUAUACAUCUGUAACUGUUAAAGCAAAUAGACCUAAAAAAUAUUCUAGAAAAACAGUUGGUCCCUCAUCAAUAUUAGUUCAUAAAGAACCUCCAAAAUAUAUUAAGUGUGAUAAUUAUAUGGAUGAAGAAAGUAGUAAAUCAAACUCUAGAAUGUCAAUGACUUGUAUGACAACAAAAUGUAUUAGUGAUAUGUCCCUUAUGUCUAAAGAUAGUAAUAGACAACUACUAGAUUUAUCCAAUAAACAUGUACAAACUGAACUUAAACCUGUAUUUCCUAAUAUCAUUGUUGAUGAUGAUUUUAAUUCUCCUUUCAGAAAAAAGUCAAGAUUAUCUAUAGCUACAAAUUUAAAAUCUCAAACUGCUAAUGAAACUAACCCUUAUGAGAAUUAUGAAGAAACUAAUAAAAUGGAUAUAUCAGUUGAGCUGUCUAAUGAUAAUAGUAUGUUAAAAAUAUCUUCUAAGGAAUUACAUAUAUCAUCUCCAUUGUGUUUAUUAAAUGACAUAUCAAAUUCUUUUCAAAAAAUAACUAAUUCAUUAAUUAAUGAAGAUGGAAAUUCCUUAGUUUUUAAAAAUAAUUCAUUUGAAGAAAAAUUAGAAGGGAGUGAUAAAUCAUCAAGAAAAGAAAAACAUCUUAAUGAUUUGAUUGAAAACAUUGAAAAACUCGAAGAAGUAAAAAACGGUUCUUUACAAAUAUCUGAUAAUAUUAAUAUGACCAAUCGUAGUUUAAAGUUUGAAGAUGAUUCAAUCUCACACCAUAAUGUAGAUAAAAUAGUAAAUGACAUUUGUACUGAAGGCUUAUCAAAUAUAUCAAUUUCUAAUAUAACUCAUACAAACUAUGAAAAUCGGAAAAGAAGUUACACUAAUGUAGAUAUAAAUUAUGAAGAACCUGCAAAAGAAAAGGAUUUUGAAGUAGUCCCUCCUAUAAAGGACGAUUCUUUCAAAGAAAAUUUAAAUAUUGAAGUUAUAGAAUUCUUAGAAAAAUGGGAAAAUCAAUUUAUAGACAAAAUAUUAGUUAAAGUAAAGUGUACAAAUAGUAAAUGGACUUUCAAUGCAUUAAAUGACAAUAUAGUUUUAACAAUAAAAUAUUUACCAAUUCUUAAGGAUCAUAAUUUUCUUAAAGUAGAAGAUAUUUCAUUUACUACCAAGAAUAUUAUUGAACAUGAAAUCCUUAAGUUUGGAAUAAAUUGGAUUUUAUCAAAAUAUGAUCCAAAAGUGUACAAACAAGUUUGUUUCAGCUCAAGAGACAUAGAACUUUUAUUAAAAUCUCUACUGGAAGAUGUUAAAUAUAUUAGUAAAAUGAUGAAUAAUAUGUUUUAUGUAAGUGAUAUGUAUUGUGUUAAAUUUGAAGAUAAUUUAGCCCAAUUUUGUUUACAUAGUAUGAAAUGUCAAUCUAUGACCAGUAUUCAGAUAUCAUUGGCCAAUAUUCAUAAGCUUUCUGUUAAAGAUAUAACUGUAAACUGUGUGUUUGGUUCUUUCAAUAUAAAUUUACUGAAUGAAAUACUUAACGAGUUGCCCAAAGAUUAUAAUAUUUUGGAGUCUUUAAUUGUACAAUUAAAAAAUCAAAUGUACAGAUAA